CUAUCGAUGGAACUGUUUUUGGACUUGCUUUACGUACCGCAGACUGGGAAAUCAGACUCGCGCGACAGGCCCCAUGAAUUCGACCUUUAUGUUCCACAUGUUUCCCUUGACAAGGAACAUAAACCAGCACUCAUCUGCUUCAUCCACGGAGGCGCCUGGCGAUCCGAGGAUAAAGCGGACCAUAGUACUCUGGCGCAGAGCCUAGCCACGUUCACCGGUUGCCCUGUAGCGGUGCCUAAUUAUCGACUCACGCCGCGCGAACCCACGGCUGACAGUGCCCUGCUGCAUCCUGCGCAUGCGGAGGAUAUACUGCGGUUUCUCACAUUUGCGCAUGAAUGGGAUGGAUCUCCAAUAUCCGCAGGUCCUCUCUAUGACCCUGAACUGAUAUUUCUCAUGGGACACAGCUGCGGCGCACACAUGUUGGCGUCAAUCAUACUUGAUUCAGCGCCCGUCACACCGUCGCUGGCACCGCGGCCUGCACUUUUGCGCGCGGUGCAGGGUGUCAUCCUUUCCGAAGGCAUAUACGACAUCGAUCUUCUCCUUGCAUCGUUCCCGGACUACCGCACAUGGUUCAUUGCCAGUGCGUUCGGUGAACACCACUCAUACGCAGCAUACGCAACAACAAAAUUUCCCGUUCGAAAGGACGGCGGGCACAUCCGCUGGUUGGUCGUACAUUCGAAGGGCGAUACCCUCGUCGACCAGCGUCAGAGCGAAGUCAUGUAUGAGCAUUUACAACGUAUCCACGAGAAACAGGACGGUGGCUCGUCCAACCGGAGGGUGUUCAAGGAUUGGGAAGCGCUCAACGAGGAGCAUAAUGAUAUUUUGCGAGGGGAUAUAUUUGUCCGUGUCGUUGGGGACUUCGUUAGCGGAAAACAAGGCAGCUCUGUUUAACAAUACAUCUAUUGUAAUUCAUGAAAAACCAACGGAU